UUUGCAGACGAUAUUCACGCUGUGUGUGUGGGAGAAGUGGGGAAAACAAAGAGAAGAGCAAAGCCAGCCAGGAGGGAGCACACGUGCGGUAGAUUUCAAUUGCUUGAGCACAUUCUGUAUUUCAACGCUUUCUGAAAGCUGCGAUCGGAUAAGAUGCCGAGGCACCGCAAGCGGCGAUUCAUCGACCCGAGGAAGUCUGUGACGUUCGAAGUCGUGCCACGGAAUCAGGUGGAUCCAUUGGUCGUAGAUGAGACUGCGCCGAAGAAUGUCCUCGUGGAAAAACGAACGAAAAGGAUCAUAGAUACGGAUUCCCAUGAGCCCAGGAAGCCUGCUGACGAGGAAAAAAGACUCGAAGAGCAGCACAAGUAUGGAAUCUAUUUCGACGACGACUACAACUAUCUCCAACAUUUGCGGGAUGUCCAUGUCCUUGGCACAAUGGAAAAGAUCGUUCGUGUGAAUAAGGACGGGAUCCAGAUGAGAAUCAGCGAAGGCAAGAAAAGCGGAGACGAUGUCGACGAGAAGGAGCAUGUCGAACUUUCGCCGAGGAAGAGUCAAAUCCUUCUACCGUCUUCAGUUUUCGCUUCCCACGUAGAAGAGCGUGUGGGACAUCUGCACAAGGGUCUGACGCAUGCAGGUCCGCAGCCGGAUUGGGAUCCGGAUAUAAUGGCUGCCCUCGACGACGAUGCUGUGGGCUCCGUUGAGGCAGAAGAUGCGCUCGAGGAUGAUUUCGUAGCCUUGGCGUCGGGAGGCGCGAACUUGAUCGAAGAUCUCGGAGCGGGCGAUACCGAGUUGUCAACAAGAAGAUUCUACUUCGUGGAGGGAAAAGGUGAAACCACAUCGCCUGACGAUGAGGACGAGUUCUUCUUGAGCUCCGAUACCGAAAAUUAUGGAGAAGAUGAGUCUUCGAGCGAGACGGCGAACAACGACGACAUGAGAAUCAAUAAGAUUCAUAGGAACUCACUGCUCGCUCGCUCAGCCCUAGAGGAAACUCGAAGCAGAUUCACAAACUAUUCGUUGAGCAGCUCGGUGAUGACUCGAACUGGAGGAUUGAAAUCACUAGAUGAACAAUUCGAGGACAUGUUCGACAAGGAGUACAAUGAGUGCGAUAUUGGAGCUCUCGACGGCGAAGCUAUAGAGGGACGCCUGCCCCUCGGAUCAAGCACCUUGAGCAGACUAGCUGAUCGAUAUCAGAAUGAAGUUCGACUUAAUCGGAAGGAGGUCGAUGAUUCUCUCGGUGGAAUACAAGACGACUUGAGAACCCGAGUGCUCCGUUCGUUGGAUCGGACAGAGACCACCGAAGAACUCCGCUGUCUUGAUAAAGAUCCUGAUCUAGCCGAGCAGAGUUGGGACUGCGAAUCAAUUCUUUCAACUUACAGCAAUAUUCUAAAUCGACCCACAGUGAUAGAACUCGGCAGAAAGACGAGCGCGGUGCAGCUCAGCUCACGCGGUCUCCCUGUUGAGAACGACGGACUCUCGAGGAAGAAUCUAAGACAGCUCGAUGGUGGAUAUCCUCUCAAAUCCGAGGAUUACGCGAAGUCGGUUUGUAGCAGAGCGAGUCUUGUCUCCGCGAAGCGGCCCAAGGAUGAGUCCUCCAUUGAUCGGAAAACGCGGAAGAAUCAAGUUAAAGACUUCCGGCGGGAACGUCGAGCAGAGAAAAAGCAGAGCAAACAAGCCUUCCGAGAAGAGGAGUCUCGGCAGAGAAUCCAAGAGAUGAAUGUUCGGAGCGGUCUCCAAGGUCUCAAACUUUAUUAACCGUUUCGUUUGGGGCCGCCCCAACGCAGUUCGUCAUGUACAUGGAAUACAUUAUCAUCAGUCGUUAUAAACGGUGCGUCUUUCAACGGAA